GUCUGCAUCUCCUCUCUCACUUUCUGCUUGCCUCUCUCUGCCUGUCUAACUUCAUCUUAGGCAGUGAAUCGGGGCCGCACAGCUCUCCAUGCGCCCUUUUGGUUCUUCAAAACUCAUCUCUCUCGUGGAUAAAUGGAGACAACCUGAGCCUUUGGGAUUUUUGCUGAAACAGCCAGUUUCUUUAUUUUAAAACAUCAACAACAACAAAAACAGACGGGCUACCACGCCUAUAGGCCAAGUUUGAUUUUCCUCUCGACUCCUCGGACUACUUAUCCGCCGCAUCUCAGGGUGUAUGAGAUGGAAAACGGGACAUCUGGGACGUGUGACGAUGUGGAGGCGCUGUGGGAGAAGGUGGAAUGCAAACGCUACGAUCUGUGUCGCAUCAUCUCCCCGUCAAAGCUCACCCCCUACCUCCGCCAGUGCAAAGUCCUGGAUGAACAGGAUGAGGAUGAGAUUCUCAACUCAAUGCUUCUGGUGUCAAAGGCAAAUCGCACAAGCCGUCUACUUGACAUCCUCCACACUAAAGGAGAGCGAGGGUAUGUGGUGUUUCUGGAGAGUCUGGAGUUUUACUACCCUGACCUCUACAAGCAGGUCACAGGGAAAGAUCCCACACGGCGCUUCUCCACCAUCGUAGUAGAGGAGGGUCACGAGGGUCUGACGCAGUUCCUAAUGAACGAAGUGGUGAAGCUGCAGCAGCAGUCCAAAGUCAAGACCCUGCAGCAAGUUGAGCUCAGCAGGAAGAACAACACACUGGAGGACGAGCAAAAGAAGUUAAAACUGGCCAACCAGGAACUUCAGGCCUUCCAACAGAGGUACAACAAAUUGAGAGAAGAGAGAAACACCUACAGCGAUGAGCUGCUGAGAGUGAAGGAUGAAAACUACAAACUGGCCAUGAGGUAUGCCUCGCUGAGUGAGGAGAAGAACAUGGCAGUGAUGAGGAGCAGAGACCUGCAGCUGGAGAUUGAUCACCUCAACCACAGGCUGAACAAGGUAGAAGAGGAGUGUAAGAUGGAGAGGAGGCAAAGUCUCAAGCUGAAGAACGACAUAGAGAACCGGCCAAAGAGGGAGCAGAUCUUUGAGCUAGAAAGAGAGAACGAGAUGCUAAAGAUCAAACUACAGGAGCUACAGUCCAUCAUACAGCCUGGUCCACUACCUGAGUCAGACAAGGCCAUCCUUGACAUUUUGGAGCAUGACAGACAGGAAGCACUAGAAGAUAGACAGGACCUGAUCAACCGCCUCUACAACCUCCACGAAGAAAUCAGACAGGCAGAGGAACUACGAGACAAGUACCUGGAGGAGAAGGAGGAUUUGGAGCUGAAGUGCUCCACACUGCAGAAGGACUGUGAGAUGUAUCGCAACCGCAUGGACACCAUCUCUAUGCAGUUAGAGGAGGUGGAGAAGGAGAGGGACCAGGCAUUUAGAGCCAGAGACGAUGCCCAGCACCAGUUCUCUCAGAGUCUCAUCGACAAAGACAAAUAUCGCAAGCAGAUCAGAGACCUGGAAGAGAAGAGCGACGAACUCCACAUCGAGAUGGUGCGCAAAGAAGCAAAGUUGGUCACACUGGAGUCUCGCUUACGACGGCUGUCCAAGGACAUUGUUCUGGACCAGAACCCCCAGAAGGACGUGCCUAUGACCGUCAUCUCUCAGGGGGAGGAGUUUAAACCUGUGCAGGGUCAAUCAGAGUGUUCCAGCGAUGAGUCGCCAGAAGAGAAGUUUACAGCUGAGGAGCCUCGCCUCAAACGUAGACCCAACCUCAAAGCAGGGAACAGAGUCAAGUCUCCAGUCUGUGAACCCAGAGUGUUUCCAGUCAAUGCAGAGGCCACCCAUUCUGCAUCUUUGUCAGUCAAUGGAGGAGAUUUGCUGGAGAUUCAGGCGCCACACUCGCACAUCACCAGCAGCUCCCUCCCUCCCUCACCCAGCUUCCCAAUAUCACCCACAUACACACCCUACUCAGUUCUUCCCUUCUCCUCCUCCUUACCAUCUUCCUCUCAGCUCCCCUUCAGUCGGAUGGAGCAAUCCACGAGGCCAAAUAUGCUGCGUUACCGUAAUGACAGCAUCCUGUCCACACUCCCUGAGCCACCUGAGAAAGCAUCACUGUACCGCAGAGAGAGGGAGAAAGAACAUGACUUCCAACCUCGCAGCCUCUCGGACUUUGAUAGUGACAACAUGGAAAUGGAGUUUGACGACGAACCACCACCUUCUGUCCACUCAUCCUCCUCGUCCCAUCAGUCGGAAGGGAUGGACACUUAUGACCUGGAGCAGGUUAACAAUAUCUUCAGGAAACUCUCUCUGGAGAGGCCAUUUCGUCCGUCUCUGUCCUCCUUCUCCAGGAUCGGCUCGUCCCUGAAGCCGGUACAGGAGUUGUCUGUGUUAGGUGACAACCUGCUGAAGGACAUCACUCUGGUUGGUGGCAACGAAAGUGGCAUUUUCAUCUCAUCUGUCCAGGCAGGCUCCAACGCUGAGAAGGCAGGGCUACGAGAGGGCCACCACCUCCUGUUGCUUGAAGGGUGCAUUCGUGGGGAGAGCCAAAGAGUUUCUUUGGAUACCAGCACUCAGGAAGAAGCCCACUGGACGCUGCAGCACUGUUCUGGUCAAGUCAGGCUGCACUAUCGAGCCAACCAUGACUCUUACCGUCGUCUUAAGAGGGACCUAUUGGAUGGCACACUGGCUUCUGGCGACUCUUUCUACAUACGGGUCAACCUCAAUAUCUCCGGUCAAUCAGACAGCUGCUCUCUGAGUGUGCGCUGUGACGAGGUGGUGCAUGUCCUGGACACCAGGUACCAGGAACGCUGUGAGUGGCUGUGUGCCCGUGUUGACCCCUACACCAGCUCUGACCAGGGUGAAAGAGGCACUAUACCCAGCUACUCACGGGCCCAGCAGCUGCUCCUAGUAAAGAUACAGAAGUUAGUGUAUCGAGGGGGGAAAGAAGAGAAUGAAACGCAUCGCAACACAAGGAACAAUCUACAGCCAGAAGAAGGCAGCCCCACGCCUGAUCCUAAAGCUAGCCCACGCCUGUCGAGAGCCAGCAUCUUCCUCACUCAGAUACUGCAGUUUGUCAGCAGAGUGGAUAUCAAGUACAAGCGAAUGAACAGCAAUGAGCGUGUGAGGAUCAUCAACUCAGGCAGCACAACACUACCCAGACAAGGCUUUGAGACGCUUAGACCAGAAGAAGCUGCUGACCCAGACAGUGAACUGAGCGGGAGUUUGAACCUGAUUCCCUACAGUCCCGUCACACCCCAAAAGACCCUGAGGAGAAGACCAGUCCUCUUCACUCCCACUGCUCUAGCCAAAACCAUUAUCCAGAAAAUACUUAACAUGGGGGGAGCCAUGGACUUUAAUAUCUGCAAACCAGACACACUGUCCAAAGACGAGUUUCAUCUGAAACAGAAUGUGGAGCCCUUCAUUCACUACAAAGAGAAACAGGCCACAUUUGAAUGCAUCACCAGAGAAAACAUAGAGGCUGUCGCUGCCAAGGGCAAACACUGUCUGCUGGAGGCUGAACUGAGCUGUGUCAAAGACCUUCUGAGGAGAGAAAUCUACCCAAUCAUCAUCUACGUCAAGAUUUGUGAGAAAAAUGUCAAGAAGUUACGGAAGUUGCCAUUGCGCGUGGAGUCGGAGGAGGAGUUUGUGAGGUCAUGUCGGGCAAAAGAGAAGGAGCUAGAGGGCAUUCCUUGCCUCUACGCCAGCCUGGAGCCCGAUGCCUGGGCAGGGACAGACGACCUCAUCAAGGUCAUCAAAGACCGAAUACUUGAGGAGCAGAAGAAGACUGUCUGGGUGGAGCAGGACCUCCUGUAACCACACACACACAGAUACACACAGGGGAGCUGUGCAUGAAAAUAGACAUGUGUAGCUGAGCACCAUAAAACACAAAAACACCUUCUACAUCAUGCUUUUUUAACAUAUAUAUUUAUGCUCAGACUCAAAACAUACAUGUGGACACUCAGUUAUAGGCUUAAAAUAAAUGCAUUAUAUAUAUUUUUUGUAAAUGUGUGUCUUUCCCUUGUUUUGGAGGAAUAAACAAAUGGAA